AUGCCACCCGCACGCCGCCGCCAACCUCGGCGGCCACGGAGAUACGUGCUGGGCUUCGAGCGCGCACACCCCAACAUCCAAGACCUGCUGAUCCGCGCAUGCGAUGCAUCGACACCCUUGCUGCUCGCCACGAUCCUCGCCUGCGCCGGCGUCAUGAAGCGGCCGCCCUGGGAACGUAGCGUCUUGUGGUAUGCCGCGCUGGGUGGCUUUCUGUCGCGCUGGGUCGCUGUCACUUGUGCCGUUACUUGGAUGUUGAAUGGUUGGGGAGGUGAUGGUGAGAGGGCGGCGCCGGAUGCGGACCAGCGGGGACGUAGGGGUGCGGAUGGUGCGGGUGGAAAUGAGGGAGGCGAGCUGGUGCUGGGGCUGGAGAGAGACCGGGAUCGAGGAGAGAAUCCGGGAGAAGGCUGA